UGAGCGCGCAUUGUCCUCUAUGAGCGCUCGUAGCGGCGCAGAGUGAGAAACACCCAGCAGGCUGAGCUUUUAAAACACCGGAGGAGACUAUAAAACUGCCUCAUGCCCGCUGCUGGAUCGGACCUCCGACAGGCGGAGGAGAACGGAGGACAACAGUGUUCAAGGUUCAGCUGCAGAAAUCUGAGCUCUGCUCAAGAAGCAAGCACCGCCAGAGUUCACCUAGUCGUGUUUUCUCAGGGGGAGUUAAAUCUUACUGCUCUACGGAUAAAUUAGUGUCGGACAGUUUUCUACCUAUUUCCACUUAGCGAUUAGGAUGCGUGCCUUCCGCGGCCGCCCUGCUUUAGUUUGACACAUCUUUGCUGGCCGGACUGAUCCCUAACCGGACGAAGAGUUUUGACUCGUUAUUUAAAACUGUUCAAAUUUCCCCCAAAAUGGGAUCGCAACAGCUAGACGCUCUAUUUAGGAAAAGUUUGUUCUGGACGGUGCUUAUCCUGUGGCUUUCCACGUUUGUUAACGGGACCUGGAAGACUGGACUUUACAAAGGAUAUUCUGCCGGGUUGCAGAAAGCUGCCACUCACACCUCAAUUUAUCAGAAAAGGAACUGGUGUCCUCAUACAGUAACUAAGACAGUGACCUGCCAGGUGCAAAACGGGACAAUCCUCCAACGGGUCUACCAGACCUGCCGCUGGCCACAGGGAUGCUCAGGAGGCAGCUAUAAGACAGUAGUGAGACCAUCGUAUAAAGUGGUGUACCGCACUGUGACCUCGCUCGAGUGGAAAUGCUGUCCAGGAUUCAGCGGCACUGCUUGCGAAGAAGAUCCAGGGAACCUGGCCGUAGCUCAAGAGGCAGUCAGAAGAGCCUCCACAGUACGGCGUCCGCCAGCACGCACAGGAGAAUCAAUUUCAAGUUGUCUGAACUGCAGUCGAAUCACCGCUUUAAGUGAAAAGGUCUACUCACUGGAGGCAAAGGUGCAAUUGCUCACAGCACCAGGCAGCAUAUCACAUCGCCACCUUCAAAGUAAAGGAGGAACUGCUCAGGAGGCCUCGCUGAUGAUGGGAGCAGUCUCAGCUCAGGGAGCUCCUGGUGAGCAGGGACCUGCAGGUCCUCAGGGUGAAAAGGGCAGAGAUGGACUUCCUGGCAGAGAUGGAAAGCCAGGAUCUCGAGGGCUGCCAGGUCCCAGUGGACCUCCGGGGGAGGUGGGAGCAAGGGGUCCAUCAGGAGCUCCUGGAUCGAAGGGCUCUAUAGGACCAGCAGGGCCCCGUGGCCCACCUGGUCUCCCAGGAGAGAGAGGUCUACCAGGACUCCCCGGGCCACCUGGGCCUCCAGGCCCACCAUCGCCAGCUGGUGCUCACAUCUCAGAACCAGACCACAAUCGUGGAAAGGACCCCUUCUUCACCAACACUUUCCACGACUCCAGAGGUUUGCCUGUUCCAGGACCUCAGGGUCCUCCCGGGCCUGUCGGUCCCCCAGGUCCCAGAGGCCCAGUAGGACCUCCUGGCCCAUUAGGACUAAAUGGGAGACCUGGAACACCUGGGUUGCCAGGCCUAGUAGGGCCAAAAGGAGAUCGUGGGGAGAGAGGUCCUUUAGGUUAUCCAGGAGAAAGAGGCUUCAGAGGUGAGCCGGGAGCACCAGGUCCCAAAGGAGACCCAGGGGAGAAGGGCUUGCCGAACAAUCUAAAUGGGGACGGCAUACAUCAGAUCAGAGAGGCGCUGAAGAUCUUAGCCGAGAGGGUUUUAAUCCUUGAGACUAUGAUCGGUAUUCAUGAACCUGAUCUAGGGUCUGGGGAUGGACCAUUCGGCACAUCCUCCCCUAGUUUCUACAGAGAUAAGCGAGCAGAUGUGCUUCACCAUCGAUUUGCUUCUCCUCUGUUCGCCGACACCAAAGCUCGAGGGAAGUAACCCCCCUAUCCUCCACACUGACCCUGAGGAUAACAGACUGGGCCUUCCUCUCCAACAGGUCUCUGACCGGCAUUCAGCACAUUCAGACCUUAUCUGGUGCCCAGUCUGGGCUUUUAUCUAGUGGUUAGGAAUGGGGGACACCUCAGGGAAAUUCAACUGAUAACUCCACAACACCCUGCUACAUCUGCAACCUGAGAACUGCUUUGACUUCAAGAACAACUGCUUGUGUGUUUUGUAUUUUUAGCUACAGGAAAAUCUUCAUCCCACGUUGUCAAGGUCGAGAGACAAAAAGUUCUAGACAGUAAGGGUCCAUUUAGAGAAAUGAGAAGCAGAAAUGAGUUUUUGCUGCUUUCAGUUUGUCUGCAAUCUGAAGAGUCCAUUAUUUAAGUACUCUGAGCUUGUACAGUCUGCAUUACAAAAUUACGAACAUCCUCCUUCCUCUAAUAUUAAUUUUCUUAUACUUUCAUCUUGUUUAACUCAGUGUUAUGUAGUGAACUAAAAAGAUGAAGUCAUCUCUAUUCAAUGUGUUUUUAAAUAGCAAUUUGUAGUUUUCAGGUGUUUUUUUUUUUUGUUUUGUCUCGAUGUGUGUUAUAAUAAGUGACUUAUAAGCGUUUCUGACAUAAAAUCUGCACAAACAUUGGCAUCUAUGUUAGAUGGUGCUGCAGUCUAAAAACUGAACGUGUUGAAAUUAAAACAGCGCUCUGCAGACUCAGAUCUUAAACACACACACAAAGAGGAAACUUAUCUAAACUUGAACAUAUUUUACCACUAUUGUGUUGUACGACUGCUUAUACUGCUCUGAUGAAAACAUCUUCUCAUCUUAUAUCAGUUAUUGUGAAACUAUUUAAAAUUGUUUGUUGUAAGCUGUUGUGUAACCAUUUUGUAUUUUGAUUUUUUUCUUCUUGCAAAUGUGUUACUGUGUUAAGAUAACCCUGCUUAGAUGGUAAGUGUAAUAAAAUGUUUUUAUUAUGGUUUUAACAUGUCACCUGCUUAAAUUUGUGGUACAAAAGUAUUCAUUAAACACUUUUAUACCUGAAAAGAUUUCA